AUGUCGUUCAAUCCUCUUUCCGCUAUUCUUAAAGAACACAAACUCGAAGGUCAUAACUAUAUUGCAUGGAAACAAAACUUGGAUAUCGUUCUCACUGCCGAAGAGUACAAAUAUGUGCUCACUACUGAAUGUCCACCCGUACCUGCUGCAAAUGCUUCUGCAGCAGUGAAAGAAACAUACAGGAAGUGGUGUAAAGCCAAUGAGAUGGCGAAGUGCUACAUGUUGGCUUCUAUGUCAACAGUACUUCAACAUCAGCAUCAAGGCAUGAACACUGCUACUGAGAUUAUGAACAAUCUUAAUAACCUUUUUGGUACUCAGAAUCGAGCGGCUAAGUCUUUAGCCUUUCGGAGCAUCAUGACUAAGGUUAUGAAGGAGGGCACACCUCUAUCAGCAGUUCAAGCUCAAUUUCGAGAUGAACAAGAGGGCUUACACCCUAGCUGA